AUGGUUCAAGUACCUGAAUGUAUUAAUGGAGAAUGGAUAUAUCAAAAACCAAUAUGUGAACCCACAGAGUGUCCACAAGGUGUGAAUAUCAAGAACUCUGAUAAUGUAACAGAAUCCAGAAAUAUUGAUGAAGUUUUAACUUUUGAAUGUUUUAAUGGCAUAAAUGGUCUGAUGGGAGCUCAGAGAUGUGGUGAAGAUGGUAAAUGGAUAGAAGAGCAAGCUUGUCCAGCAGAGGUAUACCCAGCAAAGUUUAUAACAAUUGUUAAUUAUGGUCAGGCUCUAUCAACCAAUUGUACUGAAGCUUGUCUUAACGAUACCCGGUGUAGCUUUGCUGGACCAGCCACUUCAAGCAAAUGCAAUCUCUUUGAAGAACCCAUUUUCUUUAUCGGUUUUGCUCAAACUCUUUCCGAUUGCUUCCAGUUAUGUAAAAAAGACAUAAGAUGUUUGACAUUAUCUUUCCAAUAUUUCAAUUGCAACUUAUUCAGUGUCAACUACACCACGGUAGAAACUGAAUAUCCAAUUACAGACAGUGAUGAGGGAAUCAUUGUAUCUGGCUUUUAA